CAAUUCAUAGCACUCUCACCGGCGUUUCCGCUUCUGCUGCCACUUCAAGCAAAUGGAGGACGAUAAAUUGGCCGCGUACUACGACGAGUUAACUCAGAAAGGCGGUGGCGCCGCCAGAUUCAAACAAGGUCUUGGAUUUUCUUCCACCACUCCCGCCAACAACACAGUUCCACCCAGAGGCUCCGCUCUCCCUAGCACCUCAUCUUUUCUCAGCAGUUUCGUGAAAGCCUCCAGUCCCACCACCUCUUCCAGUUUCCAUAAACAAGCCCAGCUUGAGUCCAUCCAAAACAAGCUUAACAAAGCACCUAACGUAAAACCCCCAAACCAAGACAAAAAUAGUCGAAGCUCAUCCCGCCGGAGCCGGAGUCGGAGUCGGAGUCGGAGUCCGGAUCGAGAUAAAACUAGAGAUAGACAUUCAAGGCGCCGCAGCAGGAGCCAAAGCCGAAGCCCAGUUAGAUAUUCUAGGCGCCGGAGCCGGAGCAGGAGCCAAAGUCCAAAUGGUUAUUCAAGGCAUCGUCACCGGAGCCGGGAUCGGCGGGCAAGGCGAAGGAGCAGGAGUCGGGAGGAUUAUGGGUCAAGGCGUAAACAUCAGUCUAGGAGUAGGAGUAGGGAAAGAGAGAGAGAAAGGAGUAAGAGGAGGUCGAGAAGUUGGUCGCCAGGGCAGAGGAUGGAGAAGGGUAGAAAGCGUGGGGAGAAGAAGAAUGGUGUUGGGGGCGGAGGCAGGGUUGAUUACACUAAACUGAUUGAAGGUUAUGACAAGAUGACACCAGCUGAAAGAGUCAAAGCGAAGAUGGAAUUGCAGCUUUCAAAAACUGGUAAUUAUCCUAAUUUUUCGUUUGCACUUCCUCUGUGUAUCUGGUUACAGAAUGUGAUGCAUAAAAAUUCUUGCCGAACAUCUCAGAUAAGCAGUAAUUUUUGGGAAAAAGGAGCUAAGAUAUUUAAGAGUUGGGCUCUGGCUGGAAUGUUUAUUGGGUGUUGUUUGGAAUUGACAAAAGAAAGAGUAAAGGCGGAGAGACAAAUUGAUAGGGUUAGAGAGAAAGAGUGUUGGCGAUUUAAAUUCGAGCAUAGUGGAGGAGGUGAAGUUUUGUUCUCCAACUGUACAAUUGAAGUUUCUGCCCAGCUAACUGAUGUUGACUGUAUCUGCAGGAAUCGAUGCAAAUCUUUUAAGAAUUUUGGAAACUUAAUGCUUGUUCCAAGUUCCCACAUUUUCUUGUAUAUGGCGCUAAGAGCGAUUAUACUGCUUUGUCCUGUGAUGGCAGCUGUGGAGGAUGAUGCAGCAUUAGUCAAGCACUUGGGACAAAGCUUUCGGUUUUCUGCAGUGGAGGCGAAGAAAGAGGAAGAUAUCAAGGCUGCUCAUGACGAGGCGAUGUUUGGAGCCUCUUCACUGCCACUAAAUGCAGAUACAGAUAACGAAGAAGAAGAGGAUAAUAAUACUGAAGAGGAGAAUGGAAGUUCACCCGUCAAAAGUCUUCUUAGUAACCAGGUACUAACAAUGCAACAAGGCUCUUGGCGUGAUCGUGCACAUAAAGGUUGAAUCGAGUGUGCGUUUAGGAAAUACUGAAUGUUAGGUGAAGUCUACAGGAUGAAAGAUUCAUGUGGUUUCUAUCUGCUUAUGGCUAUCUUGCCUGUAAAGCUUGAAGAAAAUGUAGUGUACAUUUAAGUAGCAUGGAAGGUAAGACAAGAUAGUGACAGAGGCUUCCAUCUGCACAUGGCCAAGUUUUUAGCUAUCUAUAAUGUGUUUUAUUUUCGUUGUUUUUGUCAAAAUCGAAACUUGAUUGGUUCAUACAAGGGAUUGCAGAAUGUAUCUGUGAUAUAGAAGCAGGAGAUUAUGUCAAGAUUUCUAACCUUAAAAGUUCACCAGUAUCACUGGUGUUUUUUUUUUU